GUUUUGAACGAUUCGUUCACGACUCGCACAUCACUAGUUGGCAGUACCGCGGCUCUUUGUUUUAGUCCGUAAACUUAAAAUCCUACAUUAAUCUGCAUUUCACAGCAAAAUUACUAGUUCUCACCAAGUAUUGAUAUUAUAUUUUCAUUUAAAGAGGCUGUUGCGCUGAGGGUUUGAGUCGCGUGACGGAAGUGUUGAGCAAACAGGGCGCGUUGCGUCGGACUUGUUUUAGCGACGCACACAGAUCAUUCAGGAAAAAGCACCGGCGAGAUACAGGCUCAGUAGCGCGUGUAAAGCAUGCCUACCUGUAAGCAUUUAUCCUCCACCUGUAGCAGAGGCAGCCGGUAAGAAGUGACUCUGAGCGCUGGAAUGACCGUGAUCACUUAUUUCCUGAUUGAUCGGUGUCCUGUGGGAAGGUGGCUGUGUGCACUUCAGGGUUUUUACCUGUUGACUGCUAACUGACCAAAUGGAAAAUAAACAAAGAUUGGAAAAAUAAUCUCAAGUGGCAGUCUGAGUAAAUCAGCCUUCAGUUUGUCGACAAAUUAGGUAACAGUUGACAGAGGAUGAGAUAAGAAGAUGAUAAAAAAUAGUUUAAGCCAGACAGUGGAAUUAGAAAAAAUGUUAUGUUGAGCUGGAAUGCUUUAUGAGACGUUUUUCAUUCACAUUAAACUUUAAUAUUUGUCAGUGAAUGCACACAUUUUGAUUCAAAAGGAAGAGAAAGAAUGGUGAAAGAAUUGAUCAUCAGUUAUGAAUAAAAUAUGUAAUUUGUUCAUGAAUGUUUGAGGUCAUUUUAUGUGAUUAUUGGAGAUUUGUUGACAUUGUUAUUGUAGAAGAAUAAAUGAUAUUGUUGUGAUUCUACCAACAGAUAAACACAUGUGCAUUGUGUCUCUACUCUAUCCAACAGAACACAUGUCCUCUGAGCUGCGACUUCGAGGAGAAACGCUUUAAUGACUGCAUUAGCUUCCCAGCCCAGAAGAUUCUCCUGCUGAAGAGGAGGAGUCAGAGAAGAAAACUGCCCAUUGGAAGCUACUUUCAACUUUGAACCAAUCCAUGGAUCAUACACAGAGUGACAAAGAGGAAAGCUUGGACCGCUUUGCCUUGUGGGCCCACAAUGGGGUCCAACUGAAUGAUGAUGGAGGGAUGGUCGUUCUGGCUUCUCUGCUCUGGGAGUACGCCUCCUAGCAUCUGGUGGAGCCAGUCGUCCAGGCGCCGCCUUCUGCGUCUUCCCGGCCUGUUGCCCAGCGAGUCACUCCUAAGGUGGUUGUGAGGGGGCACAGCGUACAACCAACCCUUUUGAGUAAACUUGCAAGGUUAGUAACCCAAAGGUAUGGAUCAGCUCAUUUCAUACAAAUGAAAUCAUUUUGUCAGUUUUAAACUUGUCAGUGUGUUCAAGGUGAACGCAGUUUCCUGAAGCCCAGACCAGAAAGCAGCAUGUGCAGUGCAGGUGGAGGUUCCCAAACACGUGGAGGUGAAACCCCGGCCUUCACCUGCCAGGUGUGCCAGGAGGGAGCGGGUGCCAGCUCAAGACCAUGUGGGGGUGACACCAAGGUCACCUACCAAGGACGUGGGGAUGGACAAACCCAUGGACCAGGUGCUGGUUCCUCAGAGAACGUGCUGCUGGAAGAAGGAUGCAGUAGGGACAGAGAGAGAGGGAUAUGGUCUGCAGGCCUGGGAGAAAUUCUGCUCCAAAUUGUGGGCGUGGACUCUACUCCCCUUCUCCGCUGCUGCCUCUGUGGCCUGGCUUGCGGAGGCUCCUCCCUCAUCCUCCCUGAUGAUGCUGAUGGAGCUGCAGGUGAUGAUGAUGAAGCAGAUGAAGUGGAGGAGGGGGAGGAGGAGGAGGCCUCCUCCACUGCUGAGGCCUCCCUGCUUCCCUCUGCUGGAGGAAGAUCCACAGGCAGCACCUGUCUGUCCUCUGAUGGUGAAGCAUGGACGUACUGUCCCAGGUUGGUCUUCAGGAAGUCCUCUAUUUUACGGAUGGUGACGUCCAGCAAUCUUCUCCCCAAGUUCUUUCUCGCCCAGCCCACAGCUACCUUGAAGGGAUUUUCCCAGUCUGGGUCGGGGAAGCGAGCCAGCUCAUAAAUGUCUCUGUCUGCAGUGUCCAUAUAAUGCUCCCUCAGAAUCAGCAUGGCUGUGUACUCCCAAUUUCUAGCAUUCCCCUCCAAAAGGGUCUGUGUAGUGUCAUUGGGGCACGCUGGUUUAAUCAGGGAAAUCAAAACUUGGGUUGUUUUGGCGAUCGAGGGGGGCGUGGUUGCUCUCGAUACAUUGCUGUAAUGGUGGGCCGCUUUGAGGACUCUGUGCAGGAUCCGGACCUUAGUGGUGAAGUCCGGAUCCGUUGACUGGAUUCUCACCUCAGACCGGUGUCUCCUCUCAUUCACAAGCCCUCGGUUGGCCCGUGCUGCACUUCUGGGUCUGCGUGCGUUUCCAUCCCAUGGCACGCGCACGCUCCGUGGUCCCUGUCGCCCCGCUUGGUGCUGCUCCCGUCUCAUCCUCCCUCGCCUGUAUCGUACCUGAGUCCAAUC